AUGAGAUCAAUUCCAGCACCGGCCAGCGUUCGACGCAUAGCAACUUCCACUAGCUGCCAGAAAUCUGUCUCUCCACGCCCCAACCGUCGCGAGAUCGCCCUUCCUACACAAUCACAGCCUAAGUCCCUUGUGGAAUAUGCUGUAACCACCCUCGACAAGCUCGCCAACUGGGGUCGUCAGUCAUCGAUGUACCCAAUGACAUUCGGCCUCGCAUGCUGCGCCGUAGAGAUGAUGCAAAUUGCCGGGCCACGAUACGAUCAAGACCGGUUCGGCUUCAUGUUUCGAGCAUCACCGCGCCAGUCAGACGUCAUGAUAGUCGCCGGUACUGUCACGAAUAAGAUGGCGCCCGCUUUCCGCCAAGUCUACGAUCAGAUGCCGGAACCGCGUUGGGUCAUUAGUAUGGGGAGCUGCGCCAACGGCGGAGGGUAUUACCACUACAGUUAUUCUGUAGUCCGUGGUUGUGAUCGCUUGGUGCCGGUGGAUAUCUAUGUUCCUGGAUGCCCGCCGACGAGCGAGGCGCUGCUUUAUGGAAUGAUGCAACUACAACGGAAGAUGCGACAGGGAAGAACGUCGAGAAUGUGGUAUCGUAAAUGA